AUGCCGAUUUAUUACGUUUUCAUUAUAAAUCGGGCCGGUGGUCUGAUUUAUGAUUACAGUAAUGCACCGAAGUGUGUGGAAAUUGAGUUACGGUUCGAGUCGGCGAUCGACUUUAAAAUGGAAUCUAUCGACAGUCGUCCAACGGUGGUUCUCGGAGAGCGCGGCGGCGUUGGUAUCGGGUACACAGUGGUGAAGAUAAACGGCAAACCGUUGUCAGAAUUAACAGAUAUCACUGGAAGCAGUUUUGCAUCGUUAAUGCAGUUCCUAGGUAACGAGGAGAACUACCCUCUGUCAUUGCACUUCGCACGGCCAGCGUUGUCGACUAACGAGAAAAUCAUCCUGUCCAGCAUGUUCCAUUCGUUCUACGCCAUUGGCGUCCAGCUUAGUCCAGUUGCGGCUAGUUCUGGCAUCCGCGUAUUGGAAACAGACACAUUCCGGCUACAUUGCUUCCAGACGCUUACCGGCAUGAAGUUCUUGUCCGUUUCAGACGUAAAUACACCGAAUCUCGACCACUUUUUGCAGCGAAUAUAUGAGCACUAUGUCGAUUAUGCGCUCAAGAAUCCGUUUUACUCUCUUGACAUGCCGAUUCGCUGCGAACUGUUUGAUUCAAACGUCAUACAGACAGUCGAAAGAUACGAGAAAUUCGGCGUUGUUAGUCAGUGA